CAUUCGAUCCACUCGCCACACUCCAUCCGAAAUCCAAACACUCGACAGUUUGCGUCCGUGUCUCACGGAAAUGGGAGUAUCGUGGUGGCACCGACGAUGGACCAAUAGCUCACAUAGACCUUGUGCUUGCCGAUGAAAAGGGAGAUGCCAUAUAUGCUGAGAUACCAAGCUCUGAAGUGGAUGUCAUAAGUCCUUUGAUCGAAGAAGGUGGCAUCUAUAUCAUCAGCCGUUUUAGAGUAUCAAGGGCCAAAUCUCUGUACAGGCCAAUUGAUGCACCUUACAUGAUUGAGUUCACAUGCUACACCAAGGUAUAUCUAGCAAAGAACCUGCCUGAAACAUUCCCAAGAUAUGUCUAUAACCUCACACCUUUUGCCGAGCUACCAAAAUACGCUGGUGAAAACAAAUACUUCCUAGAUGUCCUUGGAAUCAUCUCCGAAGUUUCUGACACAACUUUGCUACAACUACCAAAUCAAUCAGCUGCCACUCUAAACAGAAACAUAAUCCUCAAGGAUCUCAGCAAUGUCGAGAUUAAGCUAACCUUAUGGGGACAGCGUGCUGCUGAGUUUACCAUCGAUGAAGUUUACAAUGAAGAACAAGGUAAACCAAUUGUUGUGCUCAUCGUUGGCAACCUCAUGAAAAGUUUCGCUGGUGAAGAAUACCUAAGUGGAAAUACUGCAUGCCGCUGAUAUUUUAACCCUGCAAUUCCAGAAGCUGAAGAGUUUUAUAACAGCACUCACAACCAGCGGCUCACAAUCAAGCGUACCGCUGCUCCUCCACAUCAAACAGCACGACUACAAGGAUCACUACAGCUCGAAGAUAAGCAUCUCCUUGACUUAGAAACAAUGGACCCAUAUGAUUUUCCGGAAGGUGGAUGCCGCUGCACCAUUACUAUAACACGCCUAAUCUUGACCACACCAUGGUGGUUCCCAUCAUGUAACAGGUGCAACAGAGCAUGCACACCAAGUGGCGAUGGUUACAAAUGCAACACAUGUUCCUGUACUGGCUAUCGCUUCAAGUACAAACUGUCCUUCAUUGCAAACGAUGGAACUGCAGAAGCUGAAAUGAUAGCUUUCGGAGAAGUUGCUCGCCGCAUUGUUGGUAAACCAGUCCAGCAGGUGUUGAGAUCAGCAAGAUUCGCAAAUGACACACCCCCCGAUAUUGCAGCCAUAGUAUCCUUAAAAUUCGCCUUUGCAGUUGCUCUAACAGAGCAGAGCUACUAUAAUCCCAAGAGAACAUACCAGAUCACUUCCAUCGUCGCUUCUUAUGGGAGACAACAUACAGUCCCACAUAUAAAACUCAACCAGCCCAAGCAACUACCAAUCUGCCACACAGCUGACCCAAUACUCCAGCAACACACCUAUAGCACCAAUCCUGAUGCUACUUUACCCGAUGGUAGUGUUCCAUCUGGAAUCAAGAGCGGUGCAUCUUCAUCGCAGCCAGAAACACAGAAAACACCUACAAAAGAUAUACCAGCAGAUAAUACCCCUCCACCUCCGCUGGAAUACGACGAAUCACCUCUAAAGAAACCUGUCCUUCCAGAUCCCAUUGAUCUCCCUAAACACUCAAGUGCUCGAAAAAGAUUGUUUGAAGAUACAACAGAUCCUCCAAAGGAGGACACUGAUACUCAGAAAAAGUCGAACAAAGAAAGUCUUACAGCAAAAUGUGACCCAAUUCUACAUUCGACAGAACAAAGUCCAUCCAGGGCUUCUUCCCAGCAGACCAUAUCCAGCUCCACAAAGAUGUGUAAAUCCAAAACUGCUGCACCAAAAAACAAGCAAUGAAGCCAAACAAAGUAGCCAACGUGACUCAGCUAUCAAGCAUUGCUCGCCUUUUGCUGUCUUUUCCCACCUGAAAGGGACCUGCUCUUCACAUUCCUUCUGCUCUUUUUUCCCCCCUCUUUUGAACUUACUUUUGGACCUUGGUUCCUCAAACUUUUAGCCUGUCAUCGCCAGCAGAUGAAGUUGUCACUGUUACUCUUUUGGUACACUAAUCAACCUGUAUAAUAACAAAUCAGCAAUGUCAUCUAAAAUCGC